CUGCUGCUGUAGGUCAGUGCAGUACAUCCAUGAGAGAGAAUGGCUCUGCGGGGGGCUCCUGGUUUGUCCCCUCGUCCGUCCACCCCCUGUUUCGCUCUCAACUGUCCACCUCAGCGGACUUGGUGGUUGCUUUAUUCCUUACAUUCACAGGUGUCAUAUCAGUUUUGGGGAACGGCACGGUGUUGUUAGUCUGCUGUAGGAAAAGAAAGAAGCUCAGACCUCCAGAGCUCAUGACUAUCAACUUGGCUCUCUGUGAUUUUGGCUUCAGUCUCUUAGGAGCACCAUUUUUCAUCACUUCCAGCCUGUGUCAUGCCUGGGUGUUUGGGGAGAUGGGGUGCCUUUGGUACGGCAUCCAGGGCUUUGUGUUUGGCAUUGGCUCUCUGCUCACCACCUGUCUCAUCUCUGUGGACCGUUGCCUGAAGAUCUGCUGCUUAAGAUAUGGUCAAUGGAUUGAGAAGCGUCAUGUGUCUCUGUCCAUAGUGCUGGUGUGGGUUUACACACUGUUCUGGGCCUUACUGCCUGCUUUUGGCUUUGGAAGUUAUGGACCUGAACCUUAUGGGACCAGCUGCACCAUCAACUGGUGGAGAAUCAGGUCCUCUCAAAAUGACAGAAUCUACAUAUUCCUCAUCCUGAUAUUAUGCUUUGGAUUUCCUACCGUCACCAUCUUCACCUCAUAUUUGGCCAUCCUGCUGAUGGUCUACAGAUCUAAUCGCACUCUGGCAUCCAUACCGUCCUCCUCUGUCAGUCAUGCUAGCAAAGACCUGAAGCUUGCAAAGAUGGCUGCUGUGGUGUUCAUCACCUUCCUCCUGGCAUGGUCGCCUUAUGCCACUGUGUCUCUGAUCUCUGCGCUCAUUCCCAGAGAUGACCCAGAGCGAGAAGGCACUUUACAAACUGUGGUGGAGGAGUCCACUGGUGAGGCCCCAAACUUUCCAAAUGCUCCAAAGAUCUUGGACAUCCCGUCAUUGCUCAACUGGACUGCUACAGAAUAUUACAGACAAAUCUACCACAGCACUGUGAACAAGUGGAGUGAUGUGAACAACAUGAGUUCCGUCUCCACAAGUGACUCCAUGUUCAGGUCCACUCUGGACAAAGAAGCUGAGCCAAUGACUGUGAGCCCCCAGUCAUUCUCCUCCCUUCCACCCAUAGUCAAUUUAAUCCCUGUUAUGUUUGCCAAGUCCCACUGCAUGAUCAACCCUUUAAUCUAUCAGAUCAUGAACAGGGAGUUCAGGAAUGACGUCUAUGUGAUGGUGUUUGGCCAAGAGGCAGCAGAGAGGAGGCAAAUGCACCGAAGGCAGGAAAGCUUGUAUGAAAGUAAGGAACACGAGCAAACCAACUUCCACGGUUUAGGACCGUUUGUCUUUAACAGGAAAAAUGUGCUUAUUUGUUUUUCCAGAAAAUACGUAAGGGCCAUGUUUUAAGUCUCUUUUUUUUACAAUUUUUUUUAAAGGGAGGAUCAGACUCAACUACUUCCAGAGCUCGAGGAGGAAAAUGAGCAGCCCCAUGUCCUCGUCUGUGAAAAGAAAAAGCAGGAAUCUGAAGAAAGAGAAGAAUCGCGAGAGCGAUGGAGGAACAGACACCUGGGCAGAUAACAUCUCAGCAGAGGCUAAUACUUUGGACUCUGCCUCCUCCGACACUCAAAGCAACAUGUGGAGACACUGCAGCACCGGUGGACAGAGAGAUCUGAGGGGGUCCACAUUCAGCACUCUCACUGCCUGAUAAGAUAGAUAGAUAGAUAGAUAGAUAGAUAGAUAGAUAGAUAGAUAGAUAGAUAGAUGUCAUUUUUACCUUUUGGUUUGUGUACUGUUUAAUGAGCUUUAAAGGUGCUGGUAGGUAUUCUCAAGCUACACUGGAGGAUAGUUUAUAUAAAGUAAUUAAACCACCUUUACCGG